GCUGGAACUGGAAGCCCGCGAUUUACGAAAGUUGUUAUAAAGUUUAGCGAGCUAAACACAAAGUAUUGGUUCCAAACUUUCCCCUGCACAUGUAAUCGACGUCUUAAAAACAGCUGUGGCUGCCUUUACUCCGUAUUGAGGUCGUUGAAACGCAACUGUACGUUUGUAGCGCCAUUAGCAGCUAGCAUGCUCACUUGACUAAGCUAAAAACGCAGGAGUCGUUACCUUGUCGACUAUCGUCAACGAACCACAACGCCCUUUGAAAGAGUUUCCCUGUGAUUUUAGCUGGAGACCCGACAAGAACAAUGUCGCUCGCCAACGAGGCUCGCUUUGAAGGCGCACGGCACUUUGCGGAGAAAGGAGCCACUAUUUGCGUGGUACCCGAUCUCUCCUCAGCCCUGUUAGACUGCGAGUUUGACUUGAACAGGUCCUACCCCUGUGCCCAGAGACCACUACAGAAAAGAAACAUGUUGGAAUUGCAGCGACGUUAUUACUGUGGAUCAUCCGCAGGAGUGAGAGAGAACCGAAAGUCUUACAUUCAUUCUGACUCCAACAUUUCUAUUGACGCCUUACCACACUUGCCCACAAUGUCGGAGACGGAAGACGAGCUUUAUGGUCAAGUUAUAUCGACAGAUUUUGGGCUGUCUGUCUCGCCACUGGCCCUCAACCCAAACAAAGUGCUUCUGACUGUAGAUCACAAAAGCCGAGAGAUUUUAUCUGCCAAUGAUGAGGCCUGCAAACUGUUUGCGUGUACCCCCGAUGAGUUGAAUGGAAAAAAGCUGAUGUGUGUUUUGAAGAAAACAACUCAGGUCUUGGAAGAAGCGUUGCCUGGGGACUUUCUGCUGAUGGAUGGUAGUGUUGCAUCUGUAUCUGGAAAAGUGGUUGAUGUUGUCACAAUGUCUGGUGAGAUGCCAAUGUUGGUGUACACCCACAGAGCGUCAGAAAAUGGGGAACAUCUGCUUGUCAAGAUGGAGCAUGUGGAACGGAUUUCCACUUCUCUGACAUUUACUCAAGAUGGGAAUAUUAUUACCUGUGACUCUGCAUUUGCUCAUCUCCAUGGAUACCACCAGCCUGAGGACUUAAAAGGACUUUCUGUUAUGGAGCUAAUCCCCUCCUUACAAAUCCCCUUACACUGUCAGGCAUUGCCCAAAAUGCUGAGGGUUCAGAGAGUGUGUGGUAAAAGUAGAGAAGGUGCAUCAGUGCCGCUGUGCAUUAAGCUUCAGGGGGCUGUCCAGUGCGCAAGACCCAAUCAACAACACGGUGGGCCGAGCCUUGCGUGGUCUACAGAAAGUCUUGACAGAGAAGAUGCACGCAAGACGGAAGACUUGCACCCCGAACAAUGCCUCAAAGGAGUGAGCAGGGUCCUCUCCCCCAGGCCCACACUGGAGUACAAUGGAAGAGUCUGGGCAUUUACCCCAGUGAAUGGCCUCCUCCUCCUGAAAGCUGACGGCUCAAUCUGCAGCGUCCACAAUCAACAGGCUCUCAGUCUGUUUGGCUACAGCAGGAACGAGCUGCUAGGAAAGUGUGUAACUUUCCUCAUGCCCGGUUUCUAUGGAUGGAUGUCCGAUUCGGUCAGGAAGAUCAGCCCCUUCCCCCAGUCUCAAGCAGAGGCUGGCAAAAGUACAGCAAAAUCUGUCAUCGACCCAUCCUCGCUGGUGGCCGGAGACAUGGCCAUGGUGCACGAGGCCUGCCGACAGAGAUCCUCCACAGGGAGAGGCAGAAUCUUCACGGGGAACUGCACUAGGUUGGAAAAACAAGGAAGUGCUCUGUCCACGCUGUCCCAUCCUGCUGUCUCCUCUACACGCGUGUUUAAUGGCAAUAACACUGAAGAGCUGUUGGAGCAGGCGGCCCAGGUAGUGGCAGCCAGUAGCCACUCCUCAGACACCGGUGAUACCACUGAGGCUCUCCUGAAAACUUUUGCAUGGGUGGAUGGCCCAGAGGGAGACACCACCUGCACACGUCCCACUGAACAACUGGGAGCUACACAUGAACAGCUGCUUCUGGAAAAUGACAUCAUUGCAAGCACUCCCACUCAGAAUAGACAUGCUUUAGGAAGUGGGGGUGUCAAGACUUCUGGUGUGGCUAAAGACGGACGCUCAUGUGCAUCCGUCAUGCAAGAUUCUAGCUUUGAGGUCAUUUCAAUGGACAGCAGGUCUUCCUCUGGCUUUUGUGAAAAGUUUGCUGGCAAUGGUGGUUCUGAUCCAUGCCAGGCAGAGGUCAGCUAUUUCCUGGACAUCAACAGCAAUGGCGAUCUGGUGACCCGUGCCCUAGCCGACCUGGAUCUGAGCAGUGCGGUUCUUGUCAGCGUCCAAGGGGGCGAUGAUGAAAAUCAACUCUCCAUGACAUCCUGCAAUACGGCCGAGCUCCUACGCACACCGUCCCCAUGCGGUCUCGACCCGGAAGACCAGCCCGUCAACCCCGAUAAUGAGACCAAAAAACGCUCGACUAAAGAGCAGUUGGAGAAACAGGCUGGUAUGGAUCAGUGGCCCGCUCUCUCUUCCAUUUACAAAGAAAGUGGCCAGCAAUUCUGCUUAAACGGGCAUAAUGGUGAGGUUCAGUCAACGAUGGACCUUCCUGCUACGUCCACCCCAAAGAAACAGAAGAUGAAAGAGGGCGCACUCAAGUUAGACACCACGCAGUUACUGGAGGGUCGAUUUGAAGGAAGUGCUUACCACAGAGAUGGCACAAGAGUUGAGGUGCAAUGUGACGUGGUCAGAGCUGAUCUUCCCGGUGGCAGCCUAAUGUUCUGCGUGUGGAUGAGCAGACCCGGGCAGCAGGGGUCAAUGUUGCAAAGCGAUCGAUCUCUGCUCGAAAAAUCAGCAGCCAGUCUUGGAGAGAGGAUUGGUGAGGUGUGUCAUGGUGAGGCGCUGCGCUCCACGUUGGACCUUGAACAUUCCCGGGCAUGUGAUGGGGAGUUUGAAGAAGAGUACAAGCCUAUUAAAGCUGUCGGUAAAGGAGCCUUCGGGUUUGUCUGGAAGGCAAUCAGACGCUGUGAUGGACAAGAAACUAUAGUGAAGUUCAUCAGCAAGGCGAGGAUCAUGAGGGACUGCUGGGUAGAUGACCCCAUGUUGGGUCGAGUCAGUCAGGAGAUCGCAAUCCUGACUUGUGUGCAACACCACAACAUUGUCAAGGUACUGGAGGUGUUUGAGAACGGCAGUUACUUCCAGAUGGUUAUGGAGAAACACGGAGACGGUUUGGAUCUCUUUGAAUUCAUCGACAUGCAGCCGCGGCUGGACGAGCCCCUCGCCAGCUACAUCUUUCGACAGCUGGUAGCAGCAGUCUUCUAUUUAAGGACAAAGAACAUUCUGCACAGAGACAUUAAAGAUGAGAACAUCAUCAUUGACAAGUGUUUCCACAUUCGCCUCAUCGACUUUGGCUCUGCGGCCAUGAUGGUUCCAGGAAAGCUCUUUUACAAUUUCUGCGGGACAUUGGAGUACUGCUCCCCAGAAGUGCUUAAAGGAAACCCCUAUGAGGGGCCGGAGUUGGAGAUGUGGUCUCUGGGGGUUUUGCUCUACACACUGCUGUUCAGUGAGAACCCCUUCAGUGGUGUGGCUGAGAUCCUAGAUGCCAAACUCAAGCCCCCUUUUCCCCUCUCCUCAGAACUGACCAGUGUGUUACGUGGGCUGCUGCACCCUGAGCCCACCCAAAGGAUGACGCUGGACCAGUUACUUCUACAGUCCUGGGUCAGCCAGCCCAUUUCUAUGGCUGAGUACACCUGGACGGAGGUGUUCCCUGCAACUCACAGCAAUUGCUCACUGCAGCACCAAGAUGCCAUUCCUCAAAGAUAUGCAGGACAAGACUUGUUCCCAGAUCAAGGUGAUGGCACUCUUCCAGGUGAGGAAGAUGAGGAAGACCGGUUGUCCAUGAUGGCCCUGGAAUCUGAGCUCCAGAAGUACCUCAAUGAAAACUAGAGACUGAAUAAAAGCCCAGACGUUCAGCCAACAUUUCCUUUGUCUGUAGCAGUUACUGGAACAAAGGUAAAGUACAUUUUGUGUGGCAACCUUUGAUUUUAUUCUGUAG